GAUGUGACGUCGCCAUGUUCUCAGUGUGUGACAGUAUGUGUUGGAGGCAAAAUGAACAUGCAGCUAAACCCGGCAGUGGCCAUUCUGCGGGUCUACAAUGACCCAGAGGCAUGCCUGAAGAGGGAUUUCAGGCUCACUUGGCAGUCAAUGGCACUGCUGCAGAGGCUCAUCCACAACCCAAGGGACCAUGGCUGGGGACAGGAGUUGGAGGUCCUAAUUUUCAUCUACAGCCUGGCACACGGGCUAUCCCUCUCAGUGGUGUCCCGUGCAUUUGAGGUCCCUAGGUCCACUGUCCACCGGGUGAUCCACAAGACAGCCGAUGAGAUCAAGGCAAUGCUGGGCUGUAUGAUUAAACUACCAAUUCAGGAAGAACUGCCCAACAUCGGCCAAGGGUUCUGCCGGCUGGCUUCCACUCCCAUCUUUAGCCAUGUAGCGGGUGCACUGGAUGGAUGCCACAUCCGCAUCAAGCCACCGGGUGGUCUGCACCAAGCUGACUACCUCAACUACAAAAUCUUCUUCUCCAUCCAGAUGCAAGCCAUCUGUGAUGCAACUGGCAGAUUCCUGGAUAUUUUUGUAGGAUACCCAGGUUCUGUGCAUGAUGCCAGAGUCCUGAAGAAUAGCCCCAUCUACAGCCAGCCUAGAAACACCAAUAGGCAUCAUCACCCCCUACAUGCUUCCUCUGCAAGGAUGGAGCCAAGAGAGAUACAACCGUCAUAAUUCAAGGGCCCAUUCAGUGAUUGACGUGGGUUUGGGAUGAUGAAGGCAAG